CUCCAUUAAGUGUCUUGUCUCUUUCAGAUUAGAAUCAAAAAUGUCACCGUAUCAAUUUAUGAGUCUUUUUAUGUUCUCUGGAUACAUUCUGUGUUCGAUGGCACUGCACAACGGAGUGUUAAAUCAUGACUUGAACCAAUCUGGAAGUAUGGUUGAGAUCGGCAAUCUUAUGGAAUUCGGUACUGACUUUGAGCACAUGCAUCAUUCUCGCGUCAAAAGAGCUUUGGGCAACGAUCUCAGUGAAAUCACUUUGCAUAUGAUUGAGAAGGCAAGUCAAACCAUCAGUUCCACGGAAGUGAACCUGGGAGACAGCUUUACAUUUGAGGCCGUGCUGGACUUGCCAAGAAUCUCAAUUGAAAAUAAAUCUGACCUGAAUAUUGAGAUUUUUAGCUUGGACCCGGAAGAAGGUGUGGCUGGAUUUCAUAUUUGCCAAGCACAUGUGCUGUUCAAAGGCCCUCAGCUAAAAUAUAUUCAAGAUUACCCGGUGUACAAUGAUCACUCAAAGGCGCACUAUCCUACCUACAUUGAAAAAACAAAGAUCACCUUCGAACAAUUACAUACUAAUGAUGAAGGCAGUCCUGACGAUGAAAAUCAGGUGAAAGUUCAAUUUCAAGCAGUGCUCGUCGACCAUGAGCAAACCCAAAACGGGAGGCAAUACUAUCUAACUACUGGUGUUGAUUUCGCUGGACAGUCUUUUGUUUGGAUCGGGCAGGCAAAGGUCCAGACAUCAAUCGUUCCUCUUGAAUAUGAUGCCAAAGUUGAUUUCCACAACCCUUCAUCAGCCAUUCGGAAAGGAAAUGCCGAACUGUUUUCCAUAUCAGCUUUCAUCACAGAACCUAGCGCAGACAUUGAAUUUGGAGUGUUUCAACCUCUGGGCUUUAACGACAUCUUCCAUAUUGGUCAAAUAUCAUAUAGCGUUGGAAAUGCUUUUGCAUGCAGCCGUCCGGAAUUCUGGGAAGAAAGGUACAUCCGAUCGCCCUCAAAAUUGACUGUCAAUAAUGCCACCUUGCGAUAUCCUUUCCUCAUCAAUAGAGAAGCCAAAAGGGAUGUGAAUAAUGACGUGAACCGCAUCCAAUUCCAAGUGCCAGUUCAUGUACUCAAUAUCGAUUCUCUAACCAACGGAAUAACUAGGUACUUAUCUUUUGGCCUCAAGAUUGGGAACAAGAAGCUUUGGAGCGCCCUACACGAAAUAACCAUUCAAAAAGCUGACCCUGUCGUCAAUCAAGAAGUUCCGGUCUUGAAGAAGGUGUCUAUGAUAAAUAACCUCACGUCAUCUGGAAAAGUAUUAGCUGGGAAUUCGGUUAUAUUCCGUAUAGAAAUGAUUGCUAAUCCGGGAUGGUCAAGAUUCGACAUUACUCUUUCAACAAACCCAGGAUCUCCACUAGAACCCGUGGGAGCACGUGUUAUUCGUACUGGCACAGUUGCUUACUUUCCACCCGAAUGGACUGUUACUCGACGGACGGAUAAUGCGAUUAGUCAUAAUUUCGGCUUGGUCAAAAAUGUAGAUGAUACCAAUCCAACCACAGUGGUUCUUGAGGCGGCAUUUGCAAUUCAAUCAAUUGCAGAUGAUAGCUCCGGCGAAGAGGCCAUUAUUUCAGUUGGGGGUGAAACCUUAUCGGAUCCCACUCUAUUCAUCGACAUUGAGAGCAACCCCAAUCCAAACGACGUAACCGUUGCGAUAGAAGAGUAUGGUUUCGAUAAUAAGCUUUAUUUGGCCGGACAAGCAGCGUUCGACAUGAUCGUCCAUAUCCCCAGCGGUUCGGGUAGUGAAAGCCUGCAUUUUGAAGCGGUCCCAGAUUUUGAUGUCACUGAUUUUUCUCUCCGACUUUGUCGAGCCUCUAUUAUCAACAUUGGGAAAGCUUUGCCGUGCGUUAGACAUUCAGACACACUUUUGAAGGACGUGUAUUCAAAAUCUGACGAUACGAAACCCUUCAAUGACUUUGGAAACAUUGAUGUUGGCAGAACCUGUCCCUUAAAUUAUCCCUCCACUUACAUGAACGACAAUUCUUUCACAGCAAGUUUAGUUUACGAACUGCCACGGGGCCAAAGCGUUGAUCCAGGGUCCAAUGUUCGAAUCAGUGGAGGAGUGAGACUUGGAAAUAACACGAUUUGGGUGUCAUCUAUGCUAUAUGAAGCUCAAAACACACCCAUGGGGCCAAACAUUAUCACCUCUUUGAACUUUAAUGAAACGGUUGGUAAUACCACUGAACCCGUUCCAUUUGUCACGUCAUAUCCAAUCAUCACAACAAGGGGGCGCAAUUCACCUCUAUUUAAUGUGAACGAAGGUUUCUAUAUUCAAUACAUCAUGAAGUUUCAACCAGGCACGAAAGCGGAUUAUAAAUUCGUAAUAGAGCCCCCUGGACCCCAAAUCAAGAUUUGCAAACUAAUCAUCACCCAUAUUGGACAAAACUUUCCAUGUGCGCAACCCCCUGGAUCAACGGUGACUGGUUAUGAAAACAUCGAGCUUCAACAUGACAAGACUGGAGACGUUUGCGGCGAAAGUGCCACUUUUACGUUUUGGGGCCUUACAAAUUGGGGAAGAGAUCCUAUAAUACAUGACCUCACUCCGGAUGAUGAUUCAAUACAGAUCAAGGCUUACUUUCAAGUUUGUAUGCAAGGUGCUUCAGCUGUCCCAGAAGUGUUGAAUGUUUUGCAUCGCCUUGAUCCUGAAUCUAUUCAAGGAGAAUCAGAAAUCGAACUUUCUGGCAUUAUCAAAGAUUUUACUCAUGAUCGGGGAAUAGAGGGCACAACAUACAAGUCAUUAACUGGACCUGAUGAUAUUUUCUACUCGAGGGCUCCCAAAUUGAUGCGUUUUGAAAUUAGAGUACCUGAAAACUAUUUAGGAGACAUAAUUCUAAUGAUCAACAACACUCACUACGAUGAAGAUCACGUGUUAUUGGAAGUCUGUGACAUCGCUGUGGUCAAAGUUGGGGAAAAUCUUCCUUGCCUUGAUGUCACUAAAGACGUAAUCAAGGAAUAUGGAACGGAGAGCAAAAUGAUUGGCAGUGAAACUGUACACCGAACACUUCUAGUAAGAAUGCAAGGUGUGUGCUAUGUUCAAGUGGACUCCAUUGAUGAUGCCUCUUUAAUCACUGUGGAGGCUGUUGUCCGUGUCCGUGAUGUAUCAGAUGGCAGAAGUGUUGGUAUAACAGCUCAUGUUAUUCCUGUUGGAGGAUUUUCUGAAAGUCUUUCCGACCAGAUUGAUGUCACGAUGGUUGUGACCAGUGAAAUGCCGCAAAAUUUUAGUGUUGACACCCUUUUACCUGAGGAGCCUACCGUGUCGCCUUUGGAUGAUUCUGAAAUCUACACUGAGACAAGUCAAAAGGUGUGGAUCCCAUUCCUUAUAGUUUUGCCUCUUGAAAAAACAGUCCAAAUAGAGGCGACAUUUUUAACCCCUUCUACUGAUGGGGUUGCGGUGUACCAUAUAACAGAUGUCAGAUUUGGAGACAUUGAAGGUGGACGAAACAUUCCAUGCACGUCAGCCAAGGUUCAUCUACAAUCGGCGUAUGGAACAAUAUUUCAGCAGACGUCAAAUGUGACAACCUUAAUGCAGCGAGAUAUCGUGACAAUUGACUUGGGAUAUGUCAUGAAUACUGGAUUUACAAAGAAACAAAAGAACCACAACGCCUCUAGAGACGAUCGAUUUGCCAUAGAAGUUGAAGUUCAAAUGAGUGAUCAUGUCUUAGCCACAAAUGGGUCCUCAUGGAAUGUCGCUCUUGCGGUCAAAUUUGGUGAAAUUGUGGUAGUCGCUAAUAAAAUGGUGAAUGUCUUGCGAUCUGACGCGAUCGAGCACGACAAAGGCAACCUAAAUGCUGUUUUGGCUCUCGUCAAUGAAGAUGAUACACAUCGUAUAAACUCGAGUCUCCACUUUAGUGUCUUGAUUCACCAUGAAAAUGAUUCUAGAAUUGAAGGACAUCCAGGCAAUAUUCGAAUGGUGGUACCAUCUUUCUUAGAUUACACAAGCGUGGAUACAUUUACCUCUAAUUACUCGUUACCUAAUUCCACUGAUCUAGUGACAAUUUUUGCUAAUGAUAGCUACUUGGAUUUUGUUUUUCCACACAUUACUUAUCCCGAUGUGAUUCAGCUGAAUUUCACCUUAACUGUUGACCCAUUAUCGGAACGAUUGUCGGGUUCUGGGAUUGAAUCAGCUACGAUUGCAGUUGCACCAAUGUGUGGCUCCAAUUUAUCUGAAUUCCUUUCUACUCACAACGCCAAAAAUUGUGGACCUUGGGCCUUUCAUGAAGUCACACUUCAUGCUUCUGAAUGCUAUGAUCAUAUCCCUGUUUUUGAAAAAUGUCAAAUAAUGGCAAGCUCAAUGAUAACAGACUUGUCAAACCCUUUCAAUUCAAUCGGCACAACAGGUGUUUGGUCACCUGCGGUUAGAAUCGGAGAAAUAUUUGACAAUUAUUUAGAAUACGACUUUUUGACUGUAGCUCGUGUCAACAGAAUGGCCUUAACAAGCCAUUCGCAAUUCAGCAAUUCAAAAUUUCGCAAGGUCACAAAGGUCGCUGUUUUGGUUAGCAAUGUUCCUGGCAACUUCAUUAAAGUGUUGGAGAAGGACAUGUCAAUUAGCAACAUCAUUCACUUCAUUGAACCGCUAGAAACUCGAUUCUUAAGGAUUGGCAUAAGAGAAGAUUCCUCAGUCAAUAAUCUUGACAUUCUACCACUGGCAAUCAAUGGGGUUUCAUUUUUUGGUUGCUUGCCCUCUGAGACAAAACCAGAAUUGUCCGAAUGUGUUUCCAAAAGAGAGACGAUCGAUUCCUCAGAUACAGACCAAUAUCGACAUUUUGCGGUUGAUAAUCUUCGAGACCAACUGUUUUUCUGCGACACAAAUCCGCGAAUUAAUGGCACAGCAUGCUUUUCAGUCAUGUCGAUAGACAGCGACAUUCAAUUUACACAAUUGCCAAUGUACGUAAAGAAAAUUGGAGGUUUCAGUCCUGGACGAGGCCGGACUUAUUUUAAAGGAGAAGACGACAGUUUUGUGUCAACAACUGAUGGUGUAACAAUGGAACUAACGGGAAGCCUUCCUGGAGACUUGAAACCCGCCGUUGGAAUUCCUGGGGAUUAUACACCUCAUUCAAAACCGUAUCUUUGGACUGAAACAAGUUAUAUGGCCACAGCAGGAAAGAACGACUUGUACCUCGAAGCUGUUCCAGAUUUCGAUCAAACCGAAGUAUCUGCGUGGAUUUGUCAACUUCGUAUUUUGGAAGUUGGUUUUGGACUGCCUUGUCUACGCCAUCGCAUUCGAGACAACCUGACUAACUUCAACCGAUCACACACUGACAGGCCGUUUUAUGACUUCGCCUCUUUGUAUCUGGGACAAACUUGUCCUAUGAGGUCUAUCGAAACGCCGGACGACAAUGAUUUCUUAGUUCAAAUUGUUUAUGAAUUACCUCCGCAGGAAUCCAUCACAACUGGAUCUGAUUACAAGAUUAGCGCUGGCUUUAAGAUCGACGAAUCAACGAUUUGGGUGUCAACCAGAGAAAUGGUGUUACAAUCUACGUCUUUAGAGACCUCACCAAUUGAAAGUGCUUAUUCCACAACAACCACGCCAUUUGUAACGUCCUACCCAAUUGUAUCAACACAAGAUCGUUCGAGCCCGAUCUUGAAGGGAAAUGAAGUCUUUUUCAUCCAAUAUUUGAUCAAAACGCAGAAGGGCACAAGAGGGCAUUAUGUGCUCACAAUUCUACCAUCCCCUUCCGUGAAGGUGUGCAAGUUAGAAAUCGUCCAUAUUGGGGCCAAUAUGCCGUGCGUCGAGCCCCCUGGACCAUCAAUUACUGGAUACGAAAACAUAGUCAUUGAAUACGGAACUGACCCUACCUUGGCUCAUGCUUUUGGGGAGCCAGCCAAAUUGAUUCUAAAGGGCCUCACAAAUUGGGGAAGAUCCAACAUGAUCCCAGACUUGACUCCCGACGCGGACUCCCUUCAGAUUAGGGUAUUUUUCCAAGCUAUAGAAGAUAUUGGGAGCAAAAAUGAGACUAUAAGCCAUACAUUGAGUCCAGGGUCAGAGAAUGACCUCAGUGGAAGCCAUAGUUUUGAGUUCAUUGAUGAACCUUUCGCAAGGAAUGUGACAACAUUGCCAAAGCUUGAAGUCAAAUCAUUGGUGGGAAGUAACUCGUCAAUCUGGAAACACGUUAGCAAAGUGAUGCAUGUCGAUGUGUUUAUUCCCGAUCAUUUUUAUGCGGACUUAUGGUUGGAUGUUAUUCAUGAGAAUAUGGCUGAGAAUCGAAUUGUGGAUUUUUGCUCGAUUGCUCUCAUAGAAACUGGUGAAAAUCUACCUUGUGUCCGAAAAAAUGACGACUACAACGUAACUUAUUUGGAGGACCCACAAUACAUUAAAAUAUACCACAACGAAGAGGAAACGGUUCAUGGAGGAGUACAAAUCAAGAUUCCAGCUGUGUGCUAUUUGGCUUACUCGGACAAACCUGAUGCAAGCAAGCUCACCUUUCUUCUCGCAAUCCGCGUUCGUGACGAUGUAAUGGAUGGAGAAGUGCUGAAUCUUAAGCUCGUUGCCAAAUCUGAAGACACCGAUGAAGCCACACAUGCCAUACAAAUGAUUGCCUUGACGGUCGGCACACCAAAUGAAGGAGAUAUAUCCACCUCUAACAUUGCAGUGGACGAAGUCAAAGUUGAGCCUGACCCUUUGAUUGGACCAGAAAUGACCGUUUUUCCUGGAAAAAGUUUUUGGGUGCCCUUCCACAUUUACCUACCACCAGAAAAGAUCUUGGCAAUGGAGGCAUCUGUGCUCCUACCAUCUUUCGAUGGAAAGGCCAUUUUCCACGCAGUUGAUAUAAAAUUUGGUAAUUCUACAGGAAAAAACAUAUUGUGCACAGGGUCCAAUUCCCUCGAGAUGGAUUUACGGAGAGGGUAUGAGACCACAUUUGACCAAUCACAAAAUGUGACUACAUUCAUGCAGAAAGACUCGAUAACGACCAACCUAGGCUUUGUUCAAAAUGCGGGUUUAACCAUUUGGCAAGAAGUACACAAUGAGACUGACGACAAAUUUGUCAUUGAAGUGGAAGUUCAACUUGCAGACCAUAUUCUGGCCAUAACUGAUGCAAUUUUCACUGUGACAUUUGCUGUCAAGUUUGGAUCCGUGAUCGUCAUUGCCGAGCAGACUAUGAAAGUGGACAGAAGUUCGAGUCCACAAUUUGGCAGACUAAUCAUUGAUGGACAACUUCUCCAAUCCAAUUCAACUUUUGACACAAUGGAUAUUAUCCAUGUGGAGAGCCUGAUUUACCACGAUAUGGAUUCAUCUAUUGAAGGAUAUCCAACAAAGAUACGGGUAAUAACACCCAAACACAUUGCAUUAAUGGAGGACAAUAUUGUCAAGGCAAACUACAGCUUAAAUCAUUCGAGUGACGAUGCCCUCAUGAUCCCGGACUAUUACUCUAAUGACACUCUGUUGGGCGGGUUUGACAUUGUGUUUCCACAAGGAAUUUCAUUCCCGGACAUCAUCAGUCUCAAUCUAACUCUAACCGUCGAUCCAGAAAAUAUCAGAAAACCAGGAAGUGAAGAGGAGGUUGCAACAAUAGUCCUUUCACCCAUUUGCUUUAACGUGCUUGACAACUCAACCGUGCAAUGCGGAAGUUUCAUAUCAUUUGAAAUCACGAUUGCAGGCGCAGAAUGUUUCGAUCCGCUAAGCCUAAUUUACGAGUGUCAAGUUUCUGCGAGUGGAUUGCUAUCCAAUUCAACUGGACCAUUCAAUUCGAUCGGAACUUCAGAUGCCUGGUCUCCCCCGGUUCGAAGUGGCCAUGGAUGGAACCCAUAUUUGGAAUUUGAUUUUCUGGGCGUCGCCAGGGUUAAUCGCCUAUCGUUUCAAGUACCUGCGGGUUCAGCAUACCGACAGAUUACAAAAGUGACCGUUCAGGCUAGCAACGUCCCUGGAUUUUUCAUCGACGUGGUUGAGGUUGCUCCAGGUCCGGAGAUCAAUUUUGCCGAACCAAUCGUUGCAAGAUAUUUCCGAAUCUUGAUCUCAGACCUAGACUCUUUGCUGUGGGAUGUGAAGCCAAUCGGAAUCAACAGCGUCCAAUGGUAUGGUUGCAUGCCAAAAGAAUUCGAGGCCAACGCAAGCCUUUGCCAAUCUACUGCUAUUGCGGUAUCCGAGGAAAGAACCCAUCAUAGGCAUUUUGCUUUUGAUGAACCACAAAAUAUUGCUUACGUUUGUGAUCUUAACCCUCAAUUGGACAUGAUAUGUUAUUCUUCAGAUCGGAACGAUGGCUCCAAUGUGUGGACAGAACUUCCGAGGUACAUAAGUUACAUUGAAGGUUAUAGUACUACCACUGGGAGGAUGUAUUUUCGAGAAACCGAGUCAAAUGCCGUACUCUCAUCUGCAAAUGGCAAAUUGAUUCAAUUAAACGACGAACUACCGCAUGAUCUAGAACCAGCUCGAAUGGUGUCAGGAAAGAGUUUGCCUGAUUUCGUGGAUGUUUUGUGGCCUACAGGUAUACCAAAGGGUACCUAUCAUGGAAUACACCUCCAAGGGGAUCAAAUGGCCUUGCAAUGGAGUUCUUGCUGCUCCUAAGCCUACGAUAUAGCUAUUAAUGAAGUACUAUUUAAAGAUAAAUAAAACUAUUGAACCGUUCCGGGGCCUUUUUUCCACUUCGUGAUAUGUUGAAAUAUGGAAAACAAAAACAACUAUGUUUAUAUUACAUUUGACAAACUAGUAAAAAACGUUUCCCGUUUCUUCUUUUGAUUCCUCUAUUGCCAGGACCAAUAAUAUCUGAAAAAGAUAAUACAACUGUUGUAAUCAGCCAUUGCCACUGUGAACUUUUGUGAUUUGUUUGAUACCAGUUUGAAUACACUUCAUAUGGUGA